UUGGUUUCAUUUAUUAUUUAUACCUAAAGAUACAUUGCUGUCCCGGGCCAUCAAAUGGGGUGAUUUAAGCCAAACCUUACAUUUGUUAUUGGAAAUGUUUUACUACAAUACUUAGGAUUGAUGGCUUCGCUCCAUUCUUGGGCAACCCGAUAGUUAUUAUCAAUAUCUGCAAAGCUUGCAAAUCUUACUCACUAUAAGCCAGUUUAUAAAUAAUGAUCAUAUUGAUUUAGGUUAAGUCCUCAUUUGAUCAAUAUUUGUACAUUGAUAUAGAUCAUAUAUUAAUCUAGCCUGGCAUUUUUACAAUGUAUACUCUUAAACGCUAAGCGAUCUUAGAAAUGAAAUUGUUACCAUUUUAUAAGCACUUCAUGGAGUAAUUGCGCGCGUAUGUGUGUGUCAGUGUGAAUAUAUGUGUGUGUGUAUGAUUGUUUGGGUCGACUGUUUCCAUGAUGUACCGAAAAAGGAAUGAGAGUGGUACAAUGAAAACGGCUGUAGGUUUCGGCUGCCUUCGUCUUCUAUUUGCGGUGUUUGGAGUCAUCUGCUCACUUGCUAAGGUAUUCGUUGGAGCCGAGUACAUCAGCGCAUGCGCUGCCCGUGACAUCAUCCCCGUUUACCUCGUGGUCAGCGGCUGCCUGCCCGUGUUGCUUGUGACUCUCAAGGAGCCCUACGACGCGACGGGGAACAUCCACAGACACGAGGCCCAGCUCAAGGUCGGCGUCGCCGUGGUGGCGGUGGCCGCGAAUCUCGCCUGGCUUAUAGCAGGCACAUUUCCGCUUUCAGGGACGGUGUGGACAUCUCUGCUUCUUGCCGAUUCCGGUUAUGGUGGCAACCUCUGCACACAGGAGACUUUGUGCGCGACGCCACCUCCAGGCGAACCUGACCUCAGCUUGGAUGACCUGACCAAAACGACGACUGGAGAUGGAAUCUUUGAAAAUAAGGAUAAGUCCAGUGCAAAUAUUUCAUUACUUUAUACAACUAAUGAAAACAUCAGUACCGAUGCAGGAACAAAUAUACAAAAACAAUCAAACGAAACACAGACACAUUCAUUUACUGCGGCAAGCUGGUCGAACUGUACACUGGUGCAGGAGCAAGACUGUAUAGAUUGUUCCAAGCUGGUCAUCUUUUUCUCUCUGGCAUGUGUGGUCUGUGAUUGGGUUUUAUUUUUGGUUGGUUCACUGUACAUGAUGUCGUUUUCUUGUCACAAGCUCUCUCGACGUUUUAAAGAUAACUUCCUUUUAGUCAGUCAAACUUAAAAUGAAUAUGGAUUGUUUUUGUAUUUAAAUUGUUAUUAAAAGUCACACUUUCAAGUUCGCUAACAAUGUCCCGAGCUGGCAGUCAACGAAACGCUAUGUGCGGAAUGGCCGGCAACGAACCACCCUGGUUUCGACAGGCAGGCAACUACGCACCCUUGGUGUGGACCGGCCUAGUCCACAACAGUGACGGGAAUGGCGAGGGACGACCUGACCUCCUGCAACCGCCGCUUGUUGCAGCCAUUGUCCAGAAACGGCACCCAAAACAUGGCCUGUGAUUCAUAACACACAGAAUAUAGUCGCACAUAUGUAUAGCCUAUUCAUAUAUUAUACUGUGUCGGCGAAUUGGAAA